CCGCCAGCUGUCAAAUAUCAAACUCUUCCGCUCAAUACCUUCUCUCCACUCCAAAUAUAACAACAAAUCGGCGCAGGAUUGCCUUUUAAAUCGUGCCGUGAUGCGUUUCAAGCCUGUUCAAAGCUAAUCUUUUUUGAACUGAGUUUUAAAUCGAGCCUCGUUAUAGGAUAAAUCAUGGAGAAAUUUGAAGGCUACAUCUUCACAGCACUUUGCAGCACCAACUUUUUCAUCUCCUGCCUUGUCUUCUCCAGAGUGACCCGAGAGCAGAGAGAGCCCUAUAUGGACGAGAUUUUUCACGUCCCACAGGCUCAGAAAUACUGCCAAGGGAAAUUCAAUGAGUGGGACCCUAUGAUCACCACCCUCCCCGGCCUGUACCUCGCCUCUGUGGGGGUCAUUAAGCCGAUCGUGUGGCUGGCCGACCUGAGCGGUGAUGUGGUCUGUUCCACUGCCAUGCUGCGAUUCAUCAACUUGCUCUUCAACUGUGGCAACCUCUAUCUCCUCUACCUGCUCAUCUGCAAACUACACCAACGGGAGAAGAGUCGCACAGCCUCACGUCGCAUCCUCUCCGCUCUUUCUCUCUCCACAUUCCCAGUGCUGUACUUCUUCAAUUUCUUAUACUACACAGACGCCGGAUCUACUUUCUUCAUCCUCUUCACAUACCUUAUGACACUGUAUGGUUGUCACAAGGCCUCGGCACUCCUGGGCAUUUGUGCCAUACUCUUCCGCCAAACCAACAUCAUCUGGGUGGCUUUUUGUGCUGGAUCUUUAGUUGCUGCCAAAAUGGAUGAAACCUGGAGGGUGGAGCACACCAAGAAGAAAGAUGAGCUGAAAUCACAAGUUCCUCUGAAUUUUAGCGGAGUGAAAAAAGUACUGACUUUCACAUUGGAGUUUGUGACUAACCCUGCGCAUAUCAAGUCUGUAUUACUCUUAGUGUGGCCUUAUGUUCUUGUAGCUAUUGGAUUCCUCCUUUUCAUAUUCCUAAAUGAUGGCAUAGUAGUUGGUGAUAGAACAAGUCAUGAAGCUUGCCUUAACUUCCCACAAUUAUUCUAUUUUUUCUCUUUUACUCUGUUCUUUGCCCUACCCCUCACAGUUUGCUACUAUCGUGUUGUGCGAUUUCUUCAAGGGUUGAAAAGGCAGCCAUUUUUCUUUCUGGUUGUGACAGCUCUCAUAUUGCUUCUUGUUUGGAAGUUCACUUUUAUCCACAAGUACCUUUUGGCAGACAAUCGACAUUACCCUUUCUAUGUUUGGAAGAAAGUUUUCCAGAGGCAUGAAGAAUUGGUCCGAUAUCUCCUGGUUCCAGCUUAUGUUUUUGCUGGUUGGAGUUUUUUGGACUCAGUUAAGUAUAGGUCACUGUUUUGGAUCUUAGCGUUACUGGUAUGUAUUAUGGCUGCUACCAUUCCCCAAAAACUGCUUGAAUUCAGGUACUUUAUCAUUCCAUAUUUGAUGUACCGCUUGCAUAUGCCACUCCCAUCUCUCCCUAGACUAAUCAUAGAGUUUCUUCUGUACACUGUGGUGAAUGUGGCAACCAUUUAUAUUUUUAUUAGUAAGACGUUUCAAUGGCCAGACAGUAAUGUCAAACAGAGGUUUAUGUGGUGAAUGCAGUGUGAUGAAGAUCUCUGCUAAGAUUUAACAAAUUUUCAGUUUUCUGCAAAAAGAGGUAAAAUUGGGCAAAGCAGCUGUUUUUUUUUUCUUUACAUCACAAAUAGGCCAGAAUUUGUGCAUGUUUCAUUACAUGCAUCAAUCAGGUAUAAUUACCAUGGGAACAUGAAUUACACACACAUUAUUUUUCACUUUCUACCAUAGACUGUAUAAAGAAAAAAUAUAUACAGUCUAUGCCUUAUACUAGUGGGUUUACAGACUUGUUAAAGGUGCACUAUGUAACUUUUCCAGUUGGGGUUUCGCUACCAUUUGUAUUUUUGUUACUUACUCAUCUUACUCAACUAAAAACAUGUUUUUAAGUAAGCGGCAUCAACUCAUCAUAAAGAUGACUCCUAACUUGGUGUGGUGGUGGCAUCUUCUGCUUGUCUCUAUGGAGAUGGAUAAAUUUAAUUCUGUACUGUGGAACAUUCCUGGCACAAUAAUACAAUUCAUAUGGAAACAUAAGAUGGCAUGCUCUCUACCAAAAGCAUUGGUGCAUCUUUAAGACAUGAUGGAGAAAGAAAAAACAUCAAAUUUGAAAGCACACAUUUUACUUAUUACCCCUGAAUGGCCGUUGUGUUUAUGGACAGAACUGUAAAUAUCUAAUGUAACAACAACAUUUAAAACAAUGCAAGGGUCUGUUUACAACAUUGUUCAACACUUUAAAUCCUAAAUCCACAGAAUGUUCAUAAAGAAUAUUGUUGCUUUGUAAAAUAUGGCUGUACCACAAAUGUAUAAAGCCAAACGACCAAAUGAGAAGACAUAGCCAUAUUGUCUAUUUUGUAUUAUGCUUUUUUUGUAAUUAUGAUUAUAAAAUGUGAUGAUCAUUGAGCAUCAUAUGUGAAAUGGUUACCAAGGGCAACGCUUUUUUCAUGUUAUUUGAUGUAUUUUUUUGCUUUGUGCACUGUGAUCCAUACGUGAUGUGAACAUAUGUUAUCUGUCUUGUCCACUGGGUUUUUAUAUUUGUGAGUGGCCGCAUUUCAUUUUCUUUGGAACAUUGAUCAAUCAUUUUAAAUGCAUAAUUCUUAAAGUUAUAUCGCUUGUGUUUACUACAAACUGGGAGUGGGAUGGCAAUGCACUUACUGUACUUUCUUUCCUGUAGAUUCUGUAGAUUUUUGGUUAUGUCUGAUGAGUGCCCAUUGAGUAUUUCCUAAAUAUGUUCCACUUUUCAUUGGACCCACUGUAAAUCUGUCUUGUUUUGUUUCCCUGCAAUAAUAAAUUGAAUAGAUUUUGUACAAAG